CUUUCGGCUUGAAUGCCUCGGCUACGAGGGUCGCCUUUUGCGCACCCGGUUGGUGAGCAUCAAUGCUCUUGCCGCCGUAAGCGAGCGCUCUUCGUGCAUUUUCACGUGGUGCUUUUCUCCAUGAUAUCAUGGCAGCUGGUCGGACACCGCCCUCUGCUACUCUCCUUGGCUUAUAAUUCUGGCAACAUUCCCUAUUCCUCGGCUGCGAUGCAGCUCCCUCUGGGAAGCACUGUGCACCGAUCUGCUCCGAGCAAUUAUUCAGGCCGUACUGGCCGACCUUGAUGGCCUCAGUGAUUUCAUGCCGUUCAAGAGUUGGCUGACCACAGCGGAGUACUCCAUUCGACCUGUGGUCCGCCAGUUUGACUUUGUUUCUCCUGACGGAAGAAGGCCCGAGUGUCACGCCAACUGAUUAUUUUCGGCAGGGUGAUGUUCGGCCACGACACACGAAAUGAUUCACUGCCGGGGACUUUGGAUCGCUCAGGAUACGAACUUUGAUGCACAACUUAAAAUGCGAAAAGUCGAGAUCGUGUAAUGAGGGUUUAGGAGGGUAAUGAUGUUCAGGAGUGGCGAAAAGCUGAACGUCAUCUGACUUUGGCCCUCGCCGUAAGGAGGAUUAUUUAUUUCAACGAGAGAAGGAUCAGAGUAGGAUUAAGGCAGGGUUUGUUUAUGAGAAGUUAAUGCCGCCGUGGAAGUUUUGAAAAGGAGGCUGAAGGCACUAUAUAUCCUGCGGAAGUGCAUUGCGCGUGCUCGUCUUGACCACCUUAUUCAUCUUGGAAGAUAACUGGACCGGGCAGCAAUUUUCUGUACGCUGCGGUGUCUGGUCUACAAAUCCUCGUUAAAAUCGAGAGGUACAAAUUGAGAGCUCUUGUUGGCGUUGGAGACACCUUCAGGGAGCUCUUCGCUGGCAAUCUGCGCCCGCGCACUGAAGUGUUGCGAUCAUCUCGACUUCAGAGAGCUGUAUAUUAUGCAUUUGGACCUGCGCCGAGAGGAUUACUAAUCGGGCUGCUCGGGCCUUUGAAUGUGCGGCUGAUAAGCACUCGCGAUUUUUCUUGGGUGCUGAAGCUACUAGACACAUGUUGGAGGAUCCUGUCUUCCUGUCGUGGUCGAAGACCAACGUGUGUCAGGAAUUAUCUUCCGGCGGAUGCUCAGCUUCAAUCAUGAACGACUUUGCACAUUGGCCUUUUUUCGCAUGUUUGCUAGUCGUUAUUGUCUACGUUUCUCUUGCCAUCAAGUUCGUGAGACAGUAUGAGGGACCGGGUCGGCCACGGGGCCGGAUGCAAGAUCCUUACAUGGGCGUAUGGGCCAUAGGCGACCUUGACGGAGGAGAACUAUGGAAGUGUUGUUGGGGUGCUCUUCACCCUGGUUGGCUUUUUGGUUUUAGAUUAGUAGCUUUCUGCUACUUUUUGCCACAGGUUUUAUACAAUUUCUACAUGGAAGGAUUCUGGAUGUUCUACUUUUACACACAGUGGACAUUCAUUCUUCUUAUCGCAUAUUUUGGGGUUGCCGCAUGGAUAAGCGCUGUACAUUGCCUUAAGCUCAAUCGUGACAGAGCAAAAACAUCUUCAAACUCUCGGGAGGAAAUUGUUAAAUUGACAGCUCCAGAUUCUACAUCUGGCGAGCUGUCGGAUAUUAAGGACGACAUCGCGAAUACAUCAUGCACAGACAAAGUUACUGAAAGCCCAGGACUUGUGGGCUAUGUAAUGCAAGUUUUCUUCCAGGUUGCUGCCACGGCUGUGAUGAUGACCGAUUUUGUUUACUGGUUGAUCCUUGUACCUUAUGUGCUGCCAAAAACCUUCAAGCACACCUUCAUUGAUAUCAACAUGCAUUUUGUAAAUGCAAUCUUUUUGAUCAUUGAGAUUAGUCUGAACAGCCUGUACUAUCCUUGGUUCAGAGGGGCUUAUGUUGUGUUUUGGAGUGCCACCUACAUUAUCUUUCAGUGGGUCCUUCAUGCUAUAGGCUUUCAAACUUGGCCGUAUCCAUUUUUGGAUCUUGCAACUCCAUGGGCGCCAGCAUGGUAUGCAGGUCUCUCGUUGUUUCAUCUGGCAUUGUUUGUUUUGGUUAUGCUUUUAGUGAACAUGAAGCAACAUCUGUUCUCCAGAGGCAUUCACCAUGCUGAAAGUCGGUUAACAGCAGAUCGUGGUUCCAACUAAUAGCUCCCGCAAAAUGAAAUUUUGACGUUGAGAAAGUUCCUGCAUUUUUAUGCAAUAAUCUUCAGAGAAGUUGGAUCCGAUCGUAACUAUCAGAUGUUUAUGCCAAACCUGUUGAUUAGAAAAUAGGGGGGAGAUAUUAUAUCUACUUCCAUUUUGACUGCUCAGGGCAUGUCACCGCAGAGGAACCAUAAACCAAUAUUGUCGGAGUAAAUGAAGAAUUGAUUUUGUCAAGUGGACGCAGAUAAUUUGGGAACCUGAUAGUAAGACUGAGGGAAAACUGGUCUUCAAUUGAUCUUCCUACUCAUGUUUAGCUGUACUCUCAAAGUAGGUCAUACUGUCCACUUGCUUUGAUAGACUAACUUCGAGUAAUUUUCCUGACAAUGCUGAGUCACAAAGGUCAAUGCGUGAUCUGCUAUAUAGAAAAUGAGGGGAAAUAAAAAUAAGCAUCGUAAAUUUCAUUGAAAGUCACCUGAGAGAUCUGUGGCGGUUUUGAAGACGAAUCGCCCCAUCUGCCUACUGAAAAGGAACCUAUGUACUGACACUGAGAGGACGAAGAGAAAUCAAGAAUAAUACCAUGCUUGGCCUUCUAGAAGGUAAUGGUGCUUCAGAAUU